AUGAAAGAUGUUGAGUGUUUAUAUAGAAACAAAGCCAUUUUAGAAGAGAAGGUGGCUUAAAGAUCUUCAAAACAAGUUUUAGUGGAAGCUCUCUGUGAUGAUUUAGAUGCAUUUUUGGAAUAUGAGAGUCAAAUCACUGGCUAAUACUUAAGAAGCUAAAAUCAAGUGAUAGGCAGGAAAUAAUAUUCAUUCCUGAUUCCAGAAGGUGUGACUUUGUUGCAAUUUAUCUAAUAGAAUGGGAAAUUAUCAACUAAUCAAAUCUCAUAGAUUUACGAAUAAUUAUUACAGGCCUUAUAUCAAAUUCAUUUAAAAUUCAGUCUAGGAAGAUGCUUUCACAUUGGUAAUAUUUAUUAUCAAAAUAAUUCAAUUUAAAUGGCUGCCUUUGGAUUUUAUCCUAAUUUAUAGCUAAUUCCUCCCGAAUCCUUAGAAAAGAGAGAAUAAAGUCAGAAUAGAGACUAUGGUUAGAGUAUUGAUGUUUGGUUGAUUGGUUGUAUUAUUUAUUAGUUGUUUACUGGUGAAGUUUUGAAUAACUUUAUGACAAUUAAAGAAUAUCGGUCAUUUUAUAAUUAGAUUUAAUCAUUACAAAUUGAAAAUGAUUGGAAGAAUCGUUUAAUUAACAUGCUUAAUCCAAUCGAAGCUUAGAGGUGUACAUUCUUUUCAAUGCAUCAUGAAAUUUCGAAUAACAAUUAAGAGGAAGUCAGAGAAUUUUACAAAACUAUUUUUUUAUCUUAGAAUUACUCUUAAUUGAUAAAAAUUAGAGAAUAAAUUGACGAUAAUUUUAUAGAAUGGGCUGUGCCUAAAGAAUUUACUAAAUAAAUGGAAUUGCCAAAAGUAUUGAAUCCUUUUCGAACUAGAAUUCAACUUUGCAACCCUCCUCUUCAAAAAUAAGAGAACCCUUAUCCAAGAAUAGGCAUUACGGCUUAUUACUCUUAACCUAUACUACCUAUUCGAUCAGUAGAUCCAUACCCUAACCCUUCCAACCCCAGUCCUCUAAAUGAUUAUCCUGAUUUAGUCAUUUUACCUUAUAAAUGCAGAAAUCAAACAGAAUUUAAUUAAUAUAAAGAUAUUUGGGUUGAAUUACAUUUUGAAUCAUACAAAUGGUAUUUGAUGAAUUCUUUAAAAGAGCAAUUGGAAGAAUAAUAAGAUGGAAAUCCUGCUGAAACUUGGUCAGUUUAUUGUUUACUAAAAAUGUCCAUACUCAUGAGAAAAGAAUUUAUUGAUUAAUGGAGUACUAAGAUCUUGGAUUUUGAAUAAGAGAAAUGGUAGAAUUUUAUAACCAGUGGAUAAGCAAAAAAGUUUAUAAAGGAUCUAGGAAUGUAACUUGAUGGAGACAGCGCCAUUAUAAAUUCCUAUUUUAAGAAGUGUUAAUUUAACCAACUUAGUAGAGAAGAUGAGCAUUUCUUUAAUUAAAUUAAACCAUCGAUUACAGAAUCAAUUGUAAACGAAACAUCGAAUGACUUUAAAAUACCAUAUAGAAUGACUUUGAAAAACCUUUAUCGUUCAAAAUAAAGGAGUUCCAAUAAUGAUGCGGAACAAACCUUACUUGCAUUGAAAAUCAUUAUUUGCAUGGGAAUUUCAUCCCUUUUCUUGUCUCUUAAGAGGGAAAUACUAUUUAGAUAGGUAAAAAGAACUUUAAAUAUCCCUAAUUUUGACAAUCCUUAUUACUUGGAAGAACAAUUCUUUUCCUUUGAUAGCAAUAUUUUGAAUGAACAAAUUAGGAUUAUUGAAACAGAAUAUUUUAAAUCAUGA